CCACAUUCCACUCCCUCCUUAUAAAACGACCGGCCGUUUCCCUCGGUCUCUUCAGGUACCUCUCUCGUGCCUUUCAUUUUUUUCUCUCUCUCCUUCAACUCAACCCACAUUGUCACCAAUAAGGGAGGAAUUUUGAAAAAAAAAAAAACAGCAGAAACGGCAAUGGCGAUCGCCUACACCAACUCCAUCAUACCCACCAAAGCCUUCCACAAGACCCUCCCGGCCGCGCCCGCCCACCGCCGCAUCGCCGCCGUCCACUCCGCCGAGCCCGGGAAGAACCCCAUCGUCCCCGACAAGUCGCCGAAGCUCCAGCAGCUGAAGAGCUCCGCCCUCUCGCCUUCGUCGGCGACGGCGGCCCCCUCCGCCCCGGCGAAGCCCGUCGAGAGCCCCGGGAGAUGGAGCGUCGACAGCUGGAGGUCGAAGAAGGCCCUGCAGCUGCCGGAGUAUCCGGAUCAGGCGGAGCUCGAGUCGGUGCUGAAGACGCUCGAGGAUUUUCCCCCGAUCGUGUUCGCCGGCGAGGCGAGGAGCCUGGAGGAGCGGCUUGGGGAGGCCGCCAUGGGGAACGCCUUCCUCCUGCAGGGCGGCGACUGCGCCGAGAGCUUCAAGGAGUUCAACGCCAACAAUAUCCGUGAUACUUUCAGGAUUGUGCUCCAGAUGGGAGCUGUUCUGAUGUUUGGAGGCCAAAUGCCUGUUGUCAAGGUUGGAAGGAUGGCCGGUCAAUUUGCAAAGCCGAGGUCGGAGCCAUUCGAGGAGAAGAACGGGGUGAAGUUGCCGAGUUAUAGAGGUGAUAAUGUGAAUGGGGAUGCAUUUGAUGAGAAAUCAAGAAUUCCUGACCCUCAGAGAAUGAUCAGAGCAUAUUGCCAAUCUGCUGCUACGUUGAAUCUAUUGAGGGCUUUCGCAACUGGAGGUUAUGCUGCCAUGCAGAGGGUCACCCAGUGGAAUUUAGAUUUCACCGAGCAUAGCGAGCAAGGAGAUAGGUACCGGGAGUUGGCUCAUCGUGUCGAUGAGGCUCUUGGGUUUAUGGCCGCAGCUGGGCUUACUGUCGACCAUCCUAUCAUGACUACAACUGAGUUCUGGACAUCGCACGAGUGCUUGCUCUUGCCCUAUGAGGAGUCACUUACUAGAAUGGACUCAACUUCAGGUCUUUACUAUGACUGCUCAGCCCACAUGCUUUGGGUUGGCGAACGCACUCGACAGCUGGAUGGUGCCCAUGUUGAAUUUUUAAGAGGGGUUGCGAAUCCCUUGGGUAUAAAGAUGAGUGACAAGAUGGAUCCAAAUCAGUUGGUUAAACUCAUUGAGGUUUUGAAUCCUCAAAAUAAAGCAGGAAGGAUAACAAUUAUUGCAAGAAUGGGAGCUGAGAACAUGAGAGUGAAGCUCCCGCACCUUAUCAGGGCUGUCCGCAGGGCAGGGCAAAUUGUCACAUGGGUCAGUGAUCCGAUGCACGGGAACACCAUAAAGGCUCCUUGCGGUCUUAAGACUCGCCCAUUUGAUGCCAUAAGGGCGGAGGUGAGAGCAUUUUUUGAUGUCCAUGAACAAGAAGGGAGCCAUCCGGGAGGAGUGCACUUGGAGAUGACAGGUCAGAACGUGACCGAAUGUAUCGGUGGGUCACGAACUGUGACGUUUGAUGAUCUUGGUUCGCGCUACCACACCCAUUGCGAUCCCAGGCUGAAUGCUUCCCAGUCUCUGGAGCUUGCUUUCAUCAUUGCAGAGCGCCUUAGAAAGCGGAGGAUCCAGUCACAGAUCCCCGCUGCAUCCUUCGGGCUGUGAAAUUUGGUCCCAUGAUACCGAAGAUACAUAUUCCUUUUGUUAGUGCCGGCAUGUACGAGUUGUCGUGUUGUAUCAACAUUUAUGUAAUGUUUUAAGUUAUGGUCGUAUGGAUGUAUACAGUUGUUGAAGUUUGAUUUUUAAGUGUUGAAAGGGACACUAAAAGAAAGGUAAUAAAGAAUGUCUUGCGGAAUGGGAAGUUUCGGCCUCCACCUAUGAGGCUAAAAUCAUCGGCUCUAGCUGUUUGAGCUCUUGCACAGUCAAAGGAGAGCGCAGUUGCGUCCUGCCUCCUGAAUUGGAAUAUACUACACGCUUACACAGGUACGAGUCGUCCGCGGAUGGGCUUGGAAAGUGAAUGCGUAGUGUUCAGUUGUUUGUGUCGGGAACUAAAUGUUGGGUUCUCACUUUUGUAAGGAUGUAGAAGAUCCCAAGUUCCUAACACAGAGUUGCUUUAAAUAUUUGGAUU